AUGGCCGAGAAGACGCAGGAGCCGGGCUCGGUCAGCAUUCCCAUGGAGGAGACCAAAGCUCUCGCCGGAGCACCUCAGGAGGCGCCGCUGCUCGUCCACCUGAAGAAAGUGGAGAACCACAUCACCGAGGCCCAGCGCUUCUCCCACCUCCCACGUCGCUCUGCUGUGGACCUGGAGUUCAAUGAGCUCUCCUACACCAUCCGAGAGGGUCCCUGGUGGAGGAGGAGAGGUUACAAAGCCCUCCUCAAGUGCCUGUCAGGAAGAUUCAGCAGCAAAGAGCUGAUUGGCAUCAUGGGGCCGUCUGGAGCCGGGAAAUCCACUCUGAUGAAUAUUCUGGCAGGGUACAGGGAGACGGGCAUGAAGGGUAAGGUCAUGGUGAAUGGACGCCCGCGGGACCUGAGGACCUUCAGGAAGAUGUCGUGCUACAUCAUGCAGGAUGACAUGCUGCUGCCACACCUCACUACCAGGGAGGCCAUGAUGGUUUCUGCCAAUCUGAAACUGAACGAGAGCAUGCAGGUCAAAACAGAACUUGUGGAUGAGAUCCUGACUGCUCUGGGUCUUCAGGAGUGCGCUCAGACACGCACCAACGCUCUCUCAGGGGGUCAGUGUAAAAGACUGGCCAUCGCCCUCGAGCUGGUCAACAAUCCUCCCGUCAUGUUCUUUGAUGAGCCCACCAGUGGUCUGGACAGCGCGUCCUGCUUCCAGGUCGUUUCCCUCAUGAAGUCUCUGGCUCUGGGAGGACGGACAAUCAUCUGCACUAUUCAUCAGCCAAGUGCCAAGCUCUUUGAGAUGUUUGAUAAGCUCUACAUCCUCAGUCAGGGUCAGUGCAUAUACAAGGGAACGGUCCCUUACCUCAUCCCUUAUCUGAAGAACCUGGGCCUCCAUUGCCCCACGUAUCACAAUCCAGCUGAUUUCAUCAUUGAGGUGGCAUCAGGGGAGUAUGGAGACCUGAAUCCAGUGCUGUUCGAGGCCGUCCAGGGUGGUCUGUGUUCCGAGGAGGGGAAGAAGAACUCCAAAAACGAUCCGUCCUGUCCCUCGCAGUGUCCCCCUGUAAUAGGAACUCUGGAGAAACACAGCUUUGCCACCAGUACAUUCACACAGUUCUGCAUCCUCUUCAAAAGAACCUUCAUCACAAUAUGCAGAGACACGGUGCUUACCCACCUUAGGGUCAUGUCCCACCUGUUUAUUGGAGUGCUGAUUGGUUUGCUGUAUCUCAAAAUUGGAAAUGAUGCCAGCAAGGUCUUCAACAACACCGGUUUCCUCUUUUUCUCAAUGCUGUUCCUCAUGUUCGCUGCCCUGAUGCCCACUGUCCUAACCUUUCCUAUGGAAAUGUCUGUGUUUUUGAGGGAACAUCUCAACUACUGGUACAGCCUGAAGGCCUAUUACCUUGCCAAAACGAUGGCAGACAUACCGUUCCAGGUGAUUUGUCCAAUCCUUUACUGCAGUAUUGUGUACUGGAUGACGGCACAGCCACCUGAGGCAGGUCGCUACCUACUUUUCAUGGCCUUGUCUACAUCCACAGCCCUGGUAGCGCAGUCCCUGGGUCUCCUUAUAGGGGCUGCAUCAACAUCUCUGCAGGUGGCAACGUUUGUGGGUCCAGUCACAGCCAUACCUGUCCUCCUCUUCUCGGGCUUCUUUGUCAAUUUUGACACCAUUCCCAAAUACCUCCAGUGGAGCUCUUAUGUCUCCUAUGUCAGGUACGGCUUUGAAGGGGUGAUACUCUCAAUCUACGGGAUGAACCGGUCAGAGCUUGAGUGUCCGGACUUGCAAGUGUGCAAGUUCCAAAAGCCAGUAGAGGUCCUGCAGCUGCUGGACGUGGAGGACGCAAAGCUCUACGUGGACUUCAUUGUGCUUGGGGUUUUCUUCGUGCUCCUCAGAUUGGCCACUUACCUGGUCCUGCGCUACAAAGUCAAGUCGAUGCGUUAA